AUGGCCGCCAUCUUGUGUGAACUGUUGUGGCCGUUGCAUCCGUCGCUUUCGCAGGCACACAUGAAGCCUCCUGGAAUAUUUCCGACCCUCGGUGUAUUCAUGCACAUUCUUCCACUGCCGCAAGUCCUCCAUGUUGCCAUAGCUGUUGAUAUAGUAAAAAACUCGCUUCCAUGUAACGAUAUUUCUUCUUCUGUAGCUAUGGGCGUGAAGAUUAACCCGUGCAUUGCACUGGGGCUGUGCAUAGCUGCUGCGUUUUGCGUCGUAUUGCUGACGCAAGGCGUGGAGGCGCAGAUAAACAUUCAUUUGCCGCCAGGGCCGCCGUCUGCGAUCAAGUGCCGCCACUCGGGAACGUUGGCUCGCAAGCCCACGUGGAGCAUUUGUGACGAGAGUCGGUGGCAGUCGCCUGUCAUCUGCGAUCACGAAUCCGGGCACAAGGCACAAUGCGUUUCCGCUAUUGAUCUGUAUGAUCACAGAUUGUCCCGCGGUUGCUUGUCGCAUACGGAAAUGGACCUCUUGUACAUGUUCUCGUCGCGAAGUGAGCAAACUGGACGAUGUCGUGUUUCCAAUGGCACCAUCUACUGUUUCUGCGAACACGACAUGUGCAAUGAUCAUCAGCUAUUCACCGACCACAAGUGUUUCCAUUGUGGAGGCCCGGGCCAUGCCAUGCAAGAGUGCAAGACCAAGAAUGGCGUGAUUCACAAGUGCUUGUCGCCGUUCGUGCUUUCCCUGGGCAAGAAGACCCAUGGAACGAUUUAUUGCGUGAAGGAAGUGGACACUGCGAAUAGUGGAGCUGUGGCGCGGUAUUGUGAAGCUUUGGAGUCUCCUCCAGAAAAGAUGUGUCAAUAUGAGGGCAAUUCGUACAAGUGUUAUUGCACUGAGGAUGUGUGUAAUAUCGGUUGAUUUUUCUGUGGAGUGUUAUUGUCAUUUUUUUUGUCAGUGUUUUUUAAUCUUUUAGUGCAAAACCCUUGCGUGAUAUGCCUUUCUGAGGCUCUGUCGGGUCUUUAUUUCGUCCUCUUCUCUUUUUUUUUAUCCUCAUGUUCCCCGUUAUUUUUGGCUCUGGCAGCGUGGGGUUUCUUUGCAAUAAAAGCCAGUCCGAAUAAG